UAUACAUACACAACACAACACUCUACAAUAUAUAUACUCCAUAACUCCCCAAUUAAAACUCCAUAGAACAUAUGUUUGUACCCCUGUCUCCUUCAAAACCCUAACCUUUUCUCCCAUCCCCAAAAUAAAUUAGUGCAAACCAUGCAAACACAUUUCUUCCCACACAUGUCUUGCUUGUACAACAAUUUGGACGGCGAUGAGGAAGACGACGACUGCUCCACCCUCCUCUCCCUCGGCCCCCCCGGCCAGCCCAACCCCCAAAAGUACCACCCCAGCUUCGCAGCGUACAAGCAGCACCAGCACAUCCAAAACCCUAGCAAUCCCGCAGAGAACGGCGGCGUCACCGUGGCCCUCCACAUCGGCCCACCCCCAAUUCCUUCCUCCUCAGUAAACCCUAGUGACAUGGCAGCUGCUGAAGGGCAGUACUGGAUCCCCACACCCGCCCAAAUCCUCGUCGGCCCCACCCAAUUCUCCUGCUCCGUCUGCAGCAAAACCUUCAACCGAUACAACAACAUGCAGAUGCAUAUGUGGGGGCACGGAUCGGAGUACCGGAAGGGGCCGGAGUCGCUGCGGGGGACGAAGGCGGCGUCAUCGAUCCUGCGGGUGCCGUGCUACUGCUGCGCGGAGGGGUGCAAGAACAACAUCUCGCACCCGCGGUCGAAGCCGCUCAAGGACUUCCGCACGCUGCAGACGCACUACAAGCGGAAGCACGGCAGCAAGCCCUUCGGCUGCCGCAAGUGCGGGAAGCCCUUCGCCGUCCGCGGAGACUGGCGCACGCACGAGAAGAACUGCGGGAAGCUCUGGUUCUGCAUCUGCGGCUCCGACUUCAAGCACAAGCGCUCCCUCAAGGACCACGUCCGCGCCUUCGGCCACGGCCACGCCCCUCACAACGAGAGCCUCUACGCCUUCGAACACCCCGACGACGACGAGGAUGAGGACGAGGACGAGCUUAAUUAAGCUAGGGUUUAGUUGAAUUUUUUUAAUUAGAUUGUAGUAUGUGAAUUGUACUCGAUGGAACAUGUGAAUCUUUGCUGCUGCCAGUGCCAAUUUCUUCUUUUUCA